AGGAACAGUUCAAAUAAAUUUCGUGCGAUUUCCCCUACAAGCUUUUUAGGGGAAAGAAAAACAACUCUUUUUAGAAGGACUUAAUUUAUUGCCCCCUGUGCCGGCCGACUGGAUCUGGAACAGGUAAUGUAGGGAGGGAGGUUACAUACCGAGGACGAUCGUUGACUGCACAGGAUAGCUGCCGGCGAUGGCACAGGAUCAGGGACAGGCGGUCGCCGUAGACAUCGAGGAUGCCGUGCUGAGCUCCGUCAGGUCGAACAUCAAGGCCUUAGACCGCGACCCGAUGGUGCUGGAGCGCUUCACCAUCUUCCGCGUCCCGGCGCACGUCCGGCAGCGCAACACGCACCUCUACGAACCCCGGAUGGUCUCCGUCGGCCCCUACGGCCGCGGCGACGGCCCCGUCCUCCGCGCCAUGGAACAGCACAAGUGGCGCUACCUGCAGGACUUCCUCUCCCGCAACCCCUACAACUGCAUCGAUCACUACAUAGCCGAGAUCAGGGUGCUGGAGCCUCGGGCGCGGCGGUGCUACUUCGAGCCCGUCGACCUCAGCGCCGAUGCGUUCGUGGAGAUGCUGCUCCUCGACGGGUGCUUCGUCCUCGAGUUCAUCAUCAAGUGGAGCCAGGGGGACGACGACAGCGUCUGCACCGCCGGAUGGAGCUUGCCGCUCGUGCGCGGCGACCUGCUCCUGCUCGAGAACCAGAUCCCCCUCUUCGUGCUCGAGAAGCUGUUCGAGCUCGUCACGUUCACCAUGGACGACGAGGAGAUACCCUCCCUGAUGGAGCUUCUCGUGAACUACCUCGCGAGCAGAAACGUCGAGAGGCCCGAGGAAGAGAUGCUCGCCAGUCGCGUCUCCGCCGCCGUUUCGGUGCACGGCGAAGCCAAAGAUUUCCACCACCUGUUGCAUCUCUACUACCGCUGCUACAUCACGAAACCACAAACUGACCCGAGGGGCAGUACCAUCUGCGGUACUAUUCUCAAAUGGUUAAACCCGACUAAGAUCUUCGCCUCCCUCCUCUCUUAUCUCCGAAUAAAGAUUUCCCGAUCGCAGGCGCCGGCGGAUAAGAAACGAUCGCCGAAUACGAUCCCGUCCGCGACCGAGCUCGAGGAGGCCGGAGUGACGUUUAAGAGGAAGGGCGAGAAGAGGAAAAGGAACGAGAGUGAUCAGCAUCAUCCCGGUUCGUUCCUGGACGUCGCAUUUCACGACGGCGUGCUCGAGAUCCCAUUCCUCUCGGUGGAGAACUCGACGUUAUCGCGGUUCACGAACCUCGUGGCAUUCGAGCAGUGCGGCGGGUGCAAGCCGGAGGAGGCGUACAUGACGAGCUACGCGACGUUCAUGGACUGCAUCAUCGACACGCCGGCAGACGUCGCGAUACUCCACCAGAGCGGGAUCCUGGAGAACAAGCUGGCGAGCGACAAGGAGCUGGCGGUGUUCUUCAACCAGCUCUCCGACUGCGCCGCCAUGGAUUUCGAGAAGCACUACCUCGCCGGGUUGUUCCGGGACGUGAGGAAGUACUGCGAUUCCGAUUGGCCCAAGUGGAGGGCGAAGCUGGUCAGGGACUAUUUCGGCAACCCGUGGGCCAUCCUUUCCUUGAUCGCAGCAGUUUUCGUUCUUGUUUUCACCUUCCUGCAGACCUUCUACACCAUCUUCCCUUACUACCAUCCUAGGAAUUAGUUUGCCUCAGGGGAUACUCUGCUUGUACGCUCAAGUGAUCAGACCAGUGUAAAAUUGUUGAUCUCUGGAUUGGAAAAUAUGUCAGAUUUAUGCUCAUCUGGAAUUAGAACAACUGAUUUCUAUUAUCUUUAUUUGAUU